UAUGCAAGCAAAGAACUAACAAAAUAUUAAUAAGCAAUGCUUCACAUUUUACGAUGGGAAGGCCACCAGGUUUUGUUGGACACAUGUUGCAGGAUAAUCCUUUCUCCGAUCAAAACCGAAUGGCAAAUGCUGGUUAAUACGGGGAACGUGGUAAAGUAACUAGUAAUCCCGCUUUAAACCAUCAGAUUGACAAAUAUAAUAUGAUGAAACAAUACAUGUUGAUAUAUCAAUUGUCUCAUGUGCAGAACUGUUGAAUUGUUGAAAAUUGGAUUUGAUUUAUUUUACAUGAAACAUUAAAAAUACACGUAUCUACCUCUAUUUAUAAUAACUGCAAAUGGAUUUAAUGAAAUUAUGGAUGUUAUAAGAGACAGGAGAGGGUUAUAGGUGUUGAAAAUGAGAAGUUUUUUGGGAAUUCUGACUAUUCUUUAUUGUAUAUGUGUGUUUUACUUAUUAUUUCACAUGGAUGACAGCGCAGCAGGUGACAAAAAAUAUGUAACGCCUGUGAAAUGCACGCCACGUGUACUGCAAACAACUGCAAAGCCAAAGGUGCUCAAACCAGCUCCUAUUGUAAUACUACCUAAACAAUAUGGUCCAGGUCGAAAUGGAACUCCUGUUAUUUUCUCGGACCUGUUGACCAAAGAAGAUAAACGGUUGAUAGGGAUAUUUCACAGAAAAUAUGAUUAUAAUGCAUUUAUAAGCGAUAUGAUUCCAUUCCCGCGUAUGUUGCCUGAUUACAGACCGGACAGUUGCAGGCGACUUCGUUACCCUGACAACCUACCAAAGGUCAGCGUUAUCAUACCGUUCAGGAAUGAGAGGCUAAGCGUUCUUAUGCGCACAGUGUAUGGUAUAUUAUUCUACUCGCCAGAUACUCUUCUAGAAGAAAUCAUAUUAGUUGAUGACGGGUCCACGGAGCCAGAUUUGAGACAUAAAUUAGAUGUUCACGUGCAGAGUCUUUCGAAAGUAACACUUAUAAGAAUGACGGCAAAUGUUGGCUUAAUGAUGGCAAGACAGGCUGGUAUAGAAAGAAGUCAAACGGAAUAUUUCAUAUGCAUGGACAGCCAUAUGGAGGUAUCGGUAGGCUGGUUGGAGCCAAUUCUAGCCAGACUUGUUGAAAAACCAAAGGCGCUCUUAUGUUCAAACAUGGGCGGAAUAAACAAUGAAAAUUUCAUGGUGACACACAAUCGUGUUCCCUUUGGUGUCGCGUUUGAUUUCCCUUUCUUUCAGUGGAACUUUGAACAAGAGCAGGCGCGAUAUAACGAUGCAUACAAAAACUCUCGUACUAAUCUAACAGAGCCCAUAGUGAUGGGGAGUGUUAUGGGUAUGAUGAUAUGUAUGAAGAAGUCUUGGUUCCUUCAGCUUGGUGGGUUUGAUCCUGGAAUGAAGGUUUGGGGAAGUGAACAGAUCGAGCUUUCAAUUAAGGUGUGGAUGUGCGGGGGUGUAGUUGAAAUGAUACCUUGCUCCUUUGUGGCUCAUAUCUACCGCCGGGUUCUGUGGUACGUCGGUGAAGUUGGUACUGUGAAUAAAUUCCGGCUUGUUGAAACCUGGGUAGAUGAACCUUAUAAAAAGAUAAUAUAUGACUAUUGUCACGUUAAUCCAAAAGAGGUCGACAUUGGCGACAUCAGUCAUAGGAAAAAGAUAAGAGAGGAUAACCAGUGUAAAUCAUUUCAGUAUUUUCUAGAUAAACUUCGGGAAUUUUCAGACUUUCAUCUGCCUACAGAUUCAAAGAAAAUAGGCUCACUACAAAAUAAACAUACUGAUAUGUGUUUAGAUAAAAACGGAAAACACGGAGACCCUACGCAAUACCCAUGCCAUGGCAGAGGGAUAUCACAAUUGUUUGAAUUCACAGAAAGGUCCGAGAUACGGAAUCUCGGAUACUGUUUGUACAUUGCAUUCGAAUCUAGAGCAAUGUACAAACAUUGUGACCAUUUUCAAAACAAACAGGAAAAAGAAUGGAUUUAUAGCGAUGAAAACAAUACUCUUAUGCAUGUAUUAAGUAAAACUUGUUUGACAGCUGAUCGAGGUGAAGAUACUCUUACAGCUCUACCUUGUACUGACAACGAAUCUCAAAAAUGGAUAUGGGAACCAGUGAAGCCCAAAUUUUGAAAUAUUCACUCACUAUCCCAUACAGUAGUACCUUUUUAGUCCAUUAGAGUUUUUAAGUGUUGCAGAAUAGCACUGGCUAUAGAAUGUUCGUCACCUGUGUAUGUUUUAAGCUAUAUUUUAUUUUUUGAUCGCUCCUUUUUGGAAUCCUAAAAAUGAACUAAAUACAGGAUACCUUUCACCAAACACAAACA